AUGGAUCCCACAAAGACACACCGGCGAGCCUUAGGUGCAAAUUUGGAAGAAGAUGUGGUGUUGGUAAGCAUAACAAAGACUCCCAAAGGGCCGAAGAUGAGCAUAUGUGGGACGUUUUUUAUGGAGGAUUUCAUAGGAAGGACACGAGUGGUGAAAAGUGAUGUUAUGUUCAUCAAAGAAGGAAGUCAUAGAUACAAAUUCAGUCCCAUUGUCAGAACGGACAGUUUUGAUAGAAGAAUGAAAGUGAUUGUGAAUAUAGGCAAAGAAAUUCUUGAGAAUGCGUUGUGUGUCAGAUUUGUGAUACAUAAGGUGAAGCCAAGUGUAGCGUGA